CGGGAGGUGAUUGCGAUCCCACAAUUCUUGAGGUCCACAACUUUCGAGCCAGUUCUCGUGCUCGUGCUCGUGCUCUUGGUGACAAUUGUGGAGAGAAUUCGAGCGGAGGGGUCGGGGUCGGGGUCCGUGCCCUUGAGGUUUCUUCGGAUUCGCGAGUGGCCAGGUGAUCGAUUUUUAUCGGAAAUUGGACGAGAUGGCUUCAGGGUUGCGAUUGCAAGCUCCUUCUGCAGCGAGUGGUCUUUGCGGGAAGUCUGUCGGUGAUUUCGAAGGUCGGGGCAAUGCUUCUUUCUCCAGGAGUGGCAUCUUUGGGGAAAAUGUGCUCGCCAAUGUAUGUCGCUCUGUUCCUAGCAAGGGCGGACGUGGUGCUGCUGCCUCCCCAGGUCUCGCUUGCGUCGCAAUGUUAUGGUGGUCAGAUGCUUCAUUAAAACUACAACCAAGAUGGCAGAAGGUACAUCUUAUGCGACUCGAGAAACUGAAGGCGGGUAAUGUUUCCAAGGACGUUCUGGAAGACGAUGUCGAGAUUGAAUUUAUAUGGAAGUUGACAGAGCUGGCAAAGUCCAAGACAAAGCAGUUGAUUUCAGCCGGCUUAACACCAGAAAUGGUUGUAGGCCGGGCAGCUAUGCUUGGAUUUCUCGCUGCAACAACUGUAGAGUUUGAGACGGGAAAAAGUGUCUUACAACAGCUAACAAUCAGGGGUGAACUGGCGUCUGCUGUCGUUGUCGUAACAGUGGCGUUGAUGUCUUUACUUAUGCACGAGAACAACUCAAAGGAGAAUGGUUCUUCCGCACCGUUCAAUCCGUUUGGAUUGUUUACUCCUACAGCUGAACGUCUCAACGGUCAGGCAGCCAUGCUAGGCUUUGUCCUUCUGGUCGCCAUUGAGUCAGCGAAAGGAAGUGCAUUGUUUUAAGUAAGCUAUAUGUCUCGGGCCCGGUCUUUCAAGAGAAGUGUGAGUAAUGUAUUGUAUAUCUAGCCGUGGCCAUGUAUUAAAGAGGUACGACUUUGUAAAUAUGGAUACUUUUGUAUGUAAGAUAUUAGUUACCCCUAUUGGGGUGCAUGACUUUAGUUAGCUGAAGAUAGUGUUCAUACCUGCAAGCUUGUCAUCGGCCACGGGAUAGGUGUAUGGGGAGUAGCCGUCUUUUGGAGCAUGCCCAGCCUUUAUCACGAUCUGAUUGUUUUACGAGACAAAGGAUGGAAAUUCCUACAUGCUGAAACGGUUGGUCUUAGUGUCUGAGAUAUCUGCAAGAAGUGAGAGUCAUUCAACAAUCGUGUUGUGUCACGAGAUUUUCUGACGACGUAAGUCACCUGCCAUUGAUAACGGGAAUACUCACAAGAUAUUCUUUCUGUUAAAGAAUAAAACAGGUACGGCCUGUUGAUAAUUCAUGUCAUAAAUUAACAUCUGUUUCCACCGAGAAGU